UUUGUGGUUAUCGGCCUUUGAUACCAAUAGAAGGACAAGUUGUGAACUCGUUCGAAAAAUUGCUAAUUAUAUCAAUCUCUACAUGAAACAAGUAAAUUAAUAUCUACAUUUAUGUGAUACAUGACCAGUCUGUAAGACGUACACGCCAAUUUAAAAAAAGAUCACUCUUCAGAAUGGAUACGGGUGAAAAAACUUACACAUGUGAUGUAUGUGGGAUAGAUUUCAGUAACUUCAGAUCACAUACGAUACACACAAGAACCCAUACUGCUGAUAAACCUUACACAUGUGAUGUGUGUGUUAAAGGAUUUAAUGAUAAAAAAGGCUUCCUUCAACACAUGAUUAUUCAUAGUGUUGAUAAACAUGAUAAACCUUAUAAAUGUGAUGUGUGUGGUAAAAGUUUUAGGUUCGAUAAAACCUUAACAAAACACACACGAACUCAUACUGGUAAUAAGCGUUACACAUGUGAUGUAUGUGGUCAAGGGUUUACUAACUCCAGAAACUGUACAAAACAUAAAAGAAAUCAUACUGAUGAAAAGAGUAACACAACAUGUGAAUUAUGUGGCCAAGGGUUUAAUCACAAAAGUAACUUGAUAAGACACAUGCGAAUUCACACAGGUGAUAAACGUGAAAAACCUUACACAUGUGAUUUUUGUGGUAAAGGAUUUGGUUACUACAAAUCAUAUAAGAAACAUACAAAAACUCACACUAGUGUAAAACCUUUCAUAUGUGAUGUAUGUGGUAAAGGGUUCAAUAUCUGCAGUUCCUUAACGGCACACACAAGAAUGCAUACCGGUGAAAAACCUUACACAUGUGAUGUUUGUGGUAAACAUUUUGGUAGAAAAAGUGACUGCAAUAAACACAUGACAAUUCAUACUGGUUAUAAAUAUAAUAAACGUUACACAUGUGAUAUAUGUGGUAGAGAAUUUGACAACAGCAGUGAUUUCCACAAACACAUGCGAACUCAUACUGGUGACGAAUUUUACAAAUGUGAUGUAUGUGAAAAAGGGUUUAGUGACAUAACUUCCCAUAAUAGACACAUGAAGACUCAUACUGAUGAAAAUCUGAAUACCAGAGAAGCGUGUGAUAAAGGAUUAAGCGACAAAUGUAACUUUGAUACACACACGAAAAUUCAAACUUGUGAUAAACUUUACAACUGCGAUGUGUGUGGUAAAGAGUUUGGCAACAAUAGUUCUUUUCUUAGACACAUGAGAACUCAUACAGGAGAUAAGCCUUACAAAUGCGAUGUAUGUGGUAAGGAGUUUGGCAAGAACAGUUCAUGUCUUAGACACAUGAGAAUUCAUACUGGUGAGCAACACAGACCUUACAUUUGUGAUGCAUGUGGUAAAGGGUUUAAAUCAAAUAAGGAUUUAAUCACACACAUUAGAAUACAUACAGGCGAAACACCUUACAAAUGUGAUGUAUGUGGUAAAGGUUUUAGAAGUAUCAGAUCCCUUCAUAUACACAUGAUAACUCAUACAGAUGAAAAACCUUACACAUGUGAUGUAUGUGGAAAAGGAUUUAGGGACAAGAGCAACGUCCGUAAACACAUGAAAACUCAAAGUUGUACUCAUAAUACUCUAACAAAUGAGAAACCUUAUAAAUGUAGUGUUUGUGGGAAAGAGUUUAGCCUCAAUAGUACCUGUCUUUUACACAUGAAACUGACUCAUGCAGGUGAAUAUCUUACCAAUGCUGUGUAUGUGGUAGACAGUUUAGUGACGCCAGACAAGAUAAAAGACAAAUGAUAACUCACACUAAUGAAAACUCGCACAUGUGUUGUAACGGUAAAUAGUUUAGUGACACCGGACACUAUGAUACACUCAUAAGGGCUCAUACUUGUGAACACCUCGCACAUGUGUUGUUUGGGUAAACAGUUCAGUGACGCCAGACACUAUGAUAGACGCAUGAGAACUCUUACUGGUGAAAACCUUGCAUCUGACAGUGUUUGUGUUGUAAACAGUUAAGUGACACCAGACUCUAUGAUAGACACAUGUAAACUCAAUCUGGUAAAAACCUUGCACAUGUGUUGUAUGUGGUAGACAGUUGCAACUUGAGUGACACCGGACACCUCGCAUAUGUGAUGUAUGUGGUCAACACAAGAAACUAUAUGAAAGACAUAUAUGAGAACUCAUAAUAUAGAAAACCUCGCUAAUGCGUUGUAUGUGGUGAAUAGGUUAGUGACACCAGACACUGAAAUAGACACAUGAGAACUCAUACUGGUGUAAAGCUCGCAAAUGUGUUGUACGUGGUUAGUCGUUUAGUGACACCAGACACUGAAAUAGACACAUAAAAACUCAUACUAUAGAAAAUCUCACAAAUGUGUUGUAUGUUGUAAAUAGUUCAGUGACACCAGACACUGAAAUAGACACGCAUGAUUAGUUCAGGCAAUCAUUGAAAUAAAAUUCUAAACAAACAAUGUGUAUUUUGCAAAACA